AUGGAGGGCCUGUUCAACAACAAGAAAGAACUCUUCAUCGGUAAGCGAGUCUUCAGUUGUAAUUUUACGAAGAACAAAAUAGACAAAGAGGAAAAAGAAAAUUCCAUCUUGGGAAAAGUGAGUGAACAACAUUAUGCACAUGUUCAGGAUAAAUUAAAAGGUAACGAUAAUGAAAGGAAAGAAGAAAGCACGUCAGAUGAAGUUGUUGAUAAAAAUUUAAAAAUUUACUUGUUUAACGAAGACAUAAAAAUAAAAAUAGGCACAGUUAGAUAUAUAGGACCUUUAAAAAAUCAUCCUGAUACUAAUAAAAUAUUUUAUGGUAUUGAAUGGGAUAACAAGUUUGAUGGUAAACAUUUUGGUAACUACAAAGGGGAAUUCUAUUUUUCCCCUCUUCUCCAUAUUAAAAAGGACAAGACGAAACGCCAUUAUUAUGAUCAGCUUAGCGAAGGCCUAGCGAAUUUCCAUGACGAUGCUGAUAGCAGAGAUAACACCACUGGUAAGGUUAGUAGUAGUAGAGUCCAAAAAAGUGGCAUUGGAAAUAGUAGCAGCAAUAGUAGAAGCAAUAGUAGCAGCAAUAGUAGCAGCAAUAGCAGAAGCAGUAGAAGAAGCAAUAGCAGAAGCAGUAGAAGAAGCAAUAGCAGAAGCAGUAGAAGAAGCACUAAAAGAAGCAACAGCCACAACUGCAGUGAUAGUGGGGAGAAGCUACGCUUGUGGAGCGGGAACAGCGGCUGCACACCGUGUUCCUUUGUACCAAUAGAAAAUAUACACGUUGGUAUCACGUUCAUGCAAGCAUUAAAUUUUCGAUACAAUUAUUUUACUGACUUAGAUUUGAGCAUACAAGAUUAUCAAACGAAAAAAAUGAAAACAGUUAUAUUUUCAGGAGAAGAAAAAGCGAGAAAUUAUUUCAAAAAUUUUUGUAAGCUUAAAAAUAUUACAUUAAAUAAAUGUCUAAUAUAUACUUAUGGUUUUAAAAAUAAUUUGUGUUUCAGUAAUUUGGAAAGUUUAUCUUUAUGUUGUAAUCUUUUUAGCAAGUGGAAUGAUAUUUUUAAAAUAAUUAAAAUUUCAAAAAAUUUAACUUACCUGAACGUGUCAGAAAAUAAAUUUACCAAAUUGGACUUGAACUGUGUGCUCGCCAAAGUUAUAUGGAGCGAAGGAGAAGAUGAACAUGCGGUUGGGUAUAACCAUGAAGAUGACGUGGUCUACUUUGAACAGAUAAAGGAGUUGUGCCUAGAUAACACCUUGAUCGACUGGGACGAUGUGUUAGCUCUAUCAUUUAUUUUUCCAAAUCUGGAAACACUCAGCAUAAAGAAGAAUUAUAUAACUAGUAUAAAAAUAAAAAAUAUCAGGGUUACUAAAAAUUCGAUCAUUUUCAAAUAUAUAACCAAUAAGAAGUAUAAGGAGCUAUUUCACUCAUAUGAGAAGGAUAACUUAUAUGAAGAUCUAGAACAUUCAAGGGGAAUACAGCCAGAAGCACAGCCAAGUAGUACAACCCCUUCAGGGAGAAUAAAAAAUGAGUAUGUGCUUCCUUCAUCAAAUGGGUGUACUUAUGAUAGGAGGGAAGGAUUCUUGUUAGAAAGGAAAAAGUCAGCUGUACUGAGUGUUCAAGAAAGAGAACGAGAACGAGAACCAGAACCAGAACCAGAACCAGAACGAGAAUAUGGCAUAGGGGAAGAAGUCGUAGGAGGAAAAGACGAAGAAGAGAACAUUUCCCAAAUAAAGGAAAAAAGGGUCCUCGAAGGAACACCACAAAAAUAUUACUUAAAGAUUAAUGCAAACCCUUCCACUGGAACUACAGAAAGUAAAGGAUUAUCAAGUGAUAGAAUAACUGGGGUGGAUCAGGAUGUGUUUCUUGUUGAUAUGAAGGAGGAAGCCCUUCUCGUUGACGUGAAUCCCUUUAGACACUUAAAAAAAAUAGUGCUCAAUGACAACUACUUGCAUGACUACGAAGAGCUCUUUUAUUUUGUGCAUCGAAUAAAAACUGUUCAAUCUUUAUUUAUAAAUAACAACAAGUUUAGUGAUAACAGCAACUUGAUAAAUAUUGCAUAUACCAUAUGCUUGGAGGAAAAGAACAAAACUGAAUUAGCUAAAUUAGACAAUUUUGAUUUAAUAAAUAGAAAUUUUAAGCAUAUAAAAGAAUUCUUAUUUGAUAACAACGAAGUAAAAAAUUAUGAAACGUUAAGAGAUUUAUUUUAUAUACUAUACAAUAUUGAAAUUUUAAAAAUUCAAAAUAAAAAAAAAAAUUUUAGUGAAAAAAAAAGUCUUCGUUAUAUAUAUAUAUCAGUUAUGCCCCAGCUAAAAGUACUGAACCAUAGCUCUAUUUCCAAAAAUGAAAGAAUAAAUUCUGAGCGCUUUUUCAUUUCGUUAUAUCAUAAGGAUAACAUAGCAAAAAUUUUCAAUGAGCAAGUUUUAAACAGAAGACAUAGUACCAGACUGGAACAGAUACACUACAAAGCGAUGCAAGAUCAGACAAACACGGAAACGUCCAAGAGCAUGCAGAGCAAUUUGAUUAACAUUACCAUUAUUCCUGAGUUUCUUAAUGCACAGAAAUUCGACAUUAUAAAAAAAAAAGUGAACAGAAAUAUGAAUAUCAAAGACUUAAAAUUUUUAUGUUCAAGGCUCUAUUCAGUGCCUCUCCCUAAGUUGCAGUUAUUUUACACAGAUGAAAACAAUCCCAUGUGCAUAGAAAUUGUAGAUACCAAUUCGAGCCUCUAUACUUACGGAAUUGAAAACAAUUCUAAAAUAAAAAUAAAAAUGGAGGAGUAA